GUUGAAACGUGGAAGAAAAGUAAUGCGCGUGGCGCUCCGGAGGAGGAGAAAGUAGUUAAUGUGGUUGAAAAAUAAGACGUGGACAAUAAUUUGUAGUAAAUUAGUCUUCAGCCGAUACAGAAUUGAAGUUUCGAAGUGAACUUUUUGUAAAGUUGUGUGAAACGUAACUUUUCAUUCAUCGCCAUGUCAAAAUCACAAAACAAGGGCUUCACCAAAGAAGAAGAGUUGCUCUUGCAGGACUUCAGCAGGAAUGUCUCAACAAAAUCCUCAGCCUUGUUUUAUGGUAACGCACUUAUCGUCUCUGCUGUACCCAUUUGGUUGUUCUGGAGGAUACAUUUGAUUGAUAUUUACUCCUCGCUAGUGCUUUUUGUGGUGGUAACCUCAAUUGCAACAUAUUUACUAGCACUAGCGUACAAAAAUACGAAAUUUACUUUGAAACACAAGAUUGCUGUCAAGAGAGAAGAGGCUGUGACACGCGAUUUGUCCAAGAAGUUGUCUGAAGACAAGAAAAUGAGCAAGAAGGAAAAAGACGAACGGAUUUUGUGGAAGAAGAAUGAAGUUGCCGACUUUGAAGCUACAACUCUUUCGAUUUUCUACAACAAUGCAUUGUUUUUGACGAUUGUCAUCAUCUCGAGCUUUUAUUUGCUGCCGUCGUUCACCCCUCCUGUCAACUACACUGUUUCUAUUGGGGCCACAGCUGGCCUCCUUGCGUUACUUUCAACUGGUUCUCAAUAAUAACAAUAACUUGAUUUUGUAAUUUAUUUGUUUAAUAAAAUAAAGUAUUUCGUAAACUAAAA